CAUCGAUCGAAACCCACCUCACGCUCGUCGUUCUCCAACGUACUCACCCGUGUUUUCCGUCGAUUUACCACACGCCUGCAGUGCGACCGUGUACGCGGUACCUCGUGGUUCAAUCCCCAACGUUUGCUUUAGCCGUGUUUUCACUCUUUGUUCAGUUUUUUCCCCCUCAUUCUGUUUUUUUCAUUUGUUCGUUUGGUACUGUGAAACUCGUAUUGUGCUGUCGUAGUUGUUUGUACAAUUUGAAAACGUCAAUGAGGACAAUUACUGAAGUUACAAUUUGCAUGUUCAACAUGAGUGGGUUAUUGUAAUUGUUUGGCGAUUGAUUUUCAAGCUGAUAAAUCAUGUUCAAACGACUGGCAAAAGCGAGACGACACAGCGCAGACGAGGUUGGUGCCUCGCUUCCGCCAACUCCACUGGACGAGCCGCCUGGAAACGUAGGAACAUCGAAUAAAUUCCUGGAUGUACCAAUCCAUCAGGCGUUUAAUCCAGCGAUACUCCGUGGCUCGAGAUUCAAGUAUGCGAGAAGAAGUUGUGGCGAUGCUACGGCCAUUCAGUCAAUGAUCCUCACCGAUGAGACUGGAAUUGGUACACGCGUUGGAGUUGACAAUGAUUAUCAGACUGUCACUGCUGUGCCGGCUUUUAUCGUCGAGCAUGAGCCUGAGAAAGCGCGAGGUUUGGGUGUGUGGGGACGAAGGAUGAGCAAAAAAAUCGAAUCCUUCCGGCGUGUUGGCUCGAGAGAGUCCAUCUGUGCACUCGAACGUGAAGACACCGUUAACAAUAACAAUCACGAAAGUAAUAACAAUAAUACCGAUAAAUCCCCGGAGAAUCGUAAAAAUGAUGGUAAAUUGUUGUCGAGACGAUCACCAUCGCCGUUCAAAUCAUUCUUCAUCAGAAUGGGUUCAACUGGAAUGUUGAACUCCACUAAAACAAUGAGACGAUCUUCCAACUGUGAUGAUAGACUAAAAACCACGGAUAAGGAGACAUUAUUCAGAAGCUGCAGUACAUCACAAUUGAAUACAAGCCCAACUUAUGUUAAAGGUGACGAUCCCUCGGAGGGAAUUGAUCUUCAGAUUGCUCACAGGAAAGACAAGACAAUGUCCUGCGAUAAUCUCGUGGAUAAUCACGAUGAUGAUGUAUUCGAGGGGAUAUCGAUGACCUCAUCAUCGAGAAGAUCAUCGUCGUCGGGUUUUGGUGCUUGCGACUUCAACGAUACGCGAAAUGAUGCGCUGAGAAAGUCGAGUAGCUGUGACUUCAAGGAAACAAAGAGAUGCAACUUUCCGUAUGCCUUUUUGCGUUCAAAAUUGUCCGUCCUACCAGAAGAGCGAAAUGGUCCUCCUCAGACGAAGGAGGAUCGUCUGUUCAAAGCCACCUCUGAGGAGCAUUUUCCAGUUUUAAAAAUCGAUGAGUCCUUCGAUGGUACAACGACCCUGGGCAGACGACGGAGUAAACACUCGAGCGGGGAUAAUCCUCAAACACCUAGAUUCAGCCGGAAUUCAUACGCUGAGUAUAGAGGUGGUAGGGCCUCCAGUAGUCUCAGCAAAUGUGACCCAGACAGGUACAGUCUCAAUCCGAGUAACCUAGAGCGAAUGGAGGACACGUUGAAACGUGAGGAGAGAUGCUACAGUCCAUUUAUGCGUCCACCAAGAACCGUCCAGCCGACGCUCACUGAAUCGAGUCAAGAGACCUCAGACUACACGCAAAUCGAUAGUUACAGAUUAUCGGAGACGUCUUCCUUGGGGGCAGAGCUGGAUGUCAUAGCGACAUUGAGGAAUCACCGGCGCAACUCAGCCCCCUGUCCUGAACAAAGACUGUCAUCUCAUUACGUGAGUUCUAAUGAGUCGGGUUAUGAUUCGGAUGGUGGAGGUAGGGGUGAAUCCACUGCAACCUUCGAAAAUGAAACACUUAGCUUGAAGUGUACAGAUAGCUCUGACACGAGUAGUGUUAUUGAUUCGGAGCUUGAGAAACCGAUGAGGAGCUCAACGCCGAGCGAGUGCCGCGAUGUGACGAGCAAUCUUAGUGUUAAGAUGAUUAAACCCGUAAGGAGUGCGUCUGAUAUGAAUGAGGGGAUAGAUGGCCUCAGGUGGCAUCAGAGCACAUCUGGCAGACUAUUGCCGAGCAUUCAUCAGGGCUCGUACGAUGAUACCCCGUCAAAUCGAUUAUCAUUGUGCUCGGAUAGCGUGCAGAGUAUUAAGAUAGAGCAGCAGGUGGAUUGUACACCGCCUCAUCGCGUUAGACUCCAGCAGGAUAAAACGAGAUUUCUGAGUGACAUUAUUCAACCACCGAGGAGGGUUAGGAGAUGUCGAGUGGUGCAGUUGGCGAGGAGGGAUGGGAAGGAUAGUCUGGGGAUUAGAUUGGCUCAGCAAAAUGUGGGAGAGAUGAAGUAUAUUGUUGUGCAGUUGGAGAAUGAUGGAAUUGCACACAGGGAUGGAAGAUUACGUUUAGGCGAUGAAAUAGUCGAAGUAGAAGGUAAAGAAUUGCGAACACUGAAAACCCUCGAGGAAGUACAGGAAUUCCUGAAGUCAUUUACGGGUAAUAAGGUGCGACUGACUACGGCCUACGAGGAAACCGUACCCGAGGGAUACACAGAGACAACAGCCAUCCCCAAGGAGUACGAACACCUUGAGAAUGCCAAGAAUCUCUCAAAUGCAUCACAAAUGGAUAAUCAGAGGCAGUGUGAUGUAUCGGGUGAUCGAGUGGAGGUGGAUAACCAGGUGGAUAGUUUGCAGAGGAAACGGCCAAAUUAUCUUCCAUUAACGUGUGUUACGAAGACUAGAAAGGAUCCAGUUGAACCUACACCGGAUGCUGACCAGUACUUGACGAGACAUGUUGCGAGAUUCGAGAAGGGUAUUGGAAAGCCGAGUCUCGGGUUCAGCGUUGUUGGCGGUAGGGACAGCCCGAGGGGAGAGAUGGGAAUUUUUGUGAGGCGAGUGUUUCCUGGAGGGCAGGCGGACUCCUCCAAGGCUCUUUUCCAAGGAGAUGAAAUUCUCAGUCUCAAUGGCAAACAGUUGCGGGGGUGCACGCAUCAGGAAGUUAUUGAGUUGUUCAAGGCUGUUAGAGAAGGAGUAGUGGAGCUGGAAAUCGCUAGGAGGCAUAGGUAUCCAAAGACUGCAUUGAAAUCAGCGCCGUACUAGCAAACUAUCGACAAUAGAAAAAGAAACACCCACCGGAAGUGCUGACAAGUUUUAGACUCUAGUCUCAUUAAAAAAAAAACGGAUCUUCAUAUUUGUUGCAUUUAAUUUAUUUCGUCCAUAAGUAUUGUUUAAAUCGUUCUCGUUUUUACGAAUCCUUUUUAACUUAUUUUCUAAGAUUUUAUACAAAAACGUUAAGAAGCGAGAUCACUAUAUCAGCUUUCAACAAUAGUUCCAGAGAAAUAAAUAAAUAAAUAAUUGUAAUUUUGUAGAAUUCCAAUAAUUAUCUAUAAUAUAUUUCACAUUAAAUAACAUAUCCGAUGAA